CACACCCGCCUCGGCUACCUCUUCUACAAGCGCCAGGUGCGCAAGGCGCGGGAGCGCUACCCCCACGGCCACUCUGUGCCCCAGCCCAUGGCCUUCCCAGGCGUGAAGAUCCUGCCGGUGCCGGUGCUGGCCACCAACUACAGCUACCUGGUCAUCGACACGGUGUCUCGGCGCGCGGCCGUCGUGGACCCCGCUGACCCUCGCGCCGUGCAGGCCGCCAUCGAGCAGGAGGCAGUGACCCUGGACGCCAUCCUGUGCACCCACAAGCACUGGGACCACAGCGGGGGCAACGCGGAGCUGUGCCGGCGCCACGGCUCCUGCCGCGUCUAUGGUAGCGCCGCCGAUGCUGUGCCCCAGCUCACCCACCCGGUGCUGGAUGGGGCACGCAUCGGUGUGGGCGAGCUGCGCUUCACAGCCCGGCACACGCCUGGGCACACAGUGGGACACAUGAUCUACGUGCUGGAUGGUACCCCCCCUGCCGCUCCCCCCUGCCUCUUCUCCGGAGACCUGCUCUUCCUCUCCGGCUGUGGGCGCAUCUUUGAGGGCACCCCGGAGACUAUGCUGGCAUCGCUGGACACGGCCGCUGCGCUGGGCGAGGACACACUGCUGUGGCCUGGCCACGAGUAUGCGCUGGAGUGCCUGGGCUUCGCCAGCCUGCUGGACGCCGACAACCCGCAGCUGGAGCAGAAGCUGCGCUGGGCUGGGCAGCAGCGCCUGGAGCGCCGCAGCACGUGCCCGUCCACACUGGGCGAGGAGUGUGCCUACAACCCCUUCCUGCGCACGCAGAGCCCCGAGGUGCAGGCAGCGCUGGGGCUGCGGCGCCGCGGGAGCGAGGACGGCGCCGCCUUCCGUGACGGCGCCGCCUUCCGUGCCCGCGUGCUGGGCGAGCUGCGGCGGCGCAAGGACCACUACAGGGCCCCCUAG